UACAAAAUGUUGGCUCGUUGCGCUGCCGGUGUGCUCUGUGUUCGCAGGAUACUGUUUCCUGCCGGCAAUUUCCGCUACUAUGCCGGUGCCUUUCAGAAAAGCUCCCACCUGAAGCCGGCCUCUUCUACUAUCGAUUUUGUGAAGGCAAAACUGGAGGCCAGCACCCCGCCGACGGUUGAAGAAUGGGGCAACAUCAGGAGGCACGUUUUGGGCGAACGGAGGUUCAACGACACCAACGUGGACAGCACCGUGCUGGGACUGUGUCCAAGUCUGGGAGUUGGCAAGUCGUACAUUGCGUAUCUUCAAUCGCAAGGCCUAGAGAUCAAUCUGGCAAUCAUGGGUAAACUGCUCAGACUCUACCGUUUUCCCGAUACCGAUCUGAACGAACAGGACGAGUCCGACAUUUGGCGAAUGUACAGCGAGCUGCGGGAACGGAAUGCCGUGCUAGAUGCCAACACCUGCGAGCACGCGAUAAACGCACUGACCCUAACGAAGCACUGGAAACAUUGCUUUGAGCUGCUGGAAAUGAUCAAAAUCAGUGGCACACCGGAUAGUUCCUCGUACAACUGCAUCGCUGCGAAGGCUUUUACUGAGGCAGACGAGGCCACCGGUUGGGCGAUGCUGCAGGAGAUGUGUGAGAAGAAGAGGCUUCCGAAUGACGAAACCUUCCUAGCCUGGCUGAACUACAGCCGGGGAAAAGGACACAACUUACUGGAAAACUUGGAGCGUCUAUUGCAAUUUACGCACGACAAUGCGGUGUUCCUUUCGAAGCGUGUAGGCAAGGAGUUACUCUCCCUCCCGAAGGAGAGUGGGAUCCUGGCACAUGAAACGCGUGUGACGGACCACGGCAAGUGUGCCCACUGUAAGGAAACCCUCACGAGUAUUGUCGUUCCCCAGGAAUCAUUUGAACGGUUAAAAGAACGAUUCCUACAAGCCGUGCUCAUCAGCAAGGAGAUAUUCAACAAAACGACGCCUGAAGAGUUGGGUCGUUUUCAGAAGUUUCUUCACAAAACCAUCCCCUACGACGUGGUGAUCGAUGGUUUGAACGUGGCGUUCUCAUCGGGAAAUCACAAAAACCCAGCUCUCUAUGCGAAACAAAUAGCAGCUGUUGUGCGGCAUUAUGUACAUCAGAAGAAGCGAGUCCUGGUCAUCGGUCGGCAGCACAUGGAUAAAUGGCGAUCGAAGGAUAUGAAGUACAUUCGCGAGAAUAGUUUCCUUUUUUUAACGGAAGAUUUGUCACAGGAUGAUCCUUUUUUGCUCUAUGCGGCCUUGGAGAGCGGUCCUCAUACCGAUUUUUUCUCUCGCGAUCUAAUGCGAAAGCAUUCCUUUCUGCUGGGCGACGGGUUGGGUGUUGUGUUCAAACGCUGGCAACAGGAGCAUCAGUACUCGUUGCUGUCCAUUCUUCCGGACGGAAGGGUGUUGAUAAAGGCACCCUUCAAGCACGAUCUGUAUGCUCACAAAUCCUCCUCCAACAACCGAUGGCAUGUACCAUUAGUGGAGAGUGGGUAUCGUAUUCCGAAAGUAGAGAAGCAAAGUGAAUGGCUGUGCAUAAGUGUGCAUUAAACACCCAAUAAAGUAGUUAAGGAGUAA